UUAACAGUUAAUUAUCAAAGUUGACUCCCACAUCACCAAAAGUUAACGGAGUUGGAUAGAGAGUAACCAAACUUAAAAUAUUUAAUUAAUUUUAAUGAUCACGAAUGAAAUUAAAUAUUUUUAAUAACCAAACAUUAACUUUUUAGUAAUCUCUAAAAAAAGAAAAAGGUAUACCCUCCCCAAGCUCUCAAUUCUCGCAUUCGUCUCGGAAUUUUCUUCUUCUUCUUCCUUCUCUUCUCUGAAAAGGAUUCACCAACGCCGUUGUAAGUACUCUGGCCUCUUUUAGAUUGAUUCAUUGCUUGUUCUAGUUGCCGCUUUGGUCUUCUGUCUACUUUCUAAAGUUCAGCCGGAGGAGUCAUUCUAAGGUUUCAUUUCAUGACCUGUAGAUGAUACAGGCUGUAGGUAUUAAGUGGAUUAGUAUGUCUGGGUAUGAGAAUUUCACUAUGGAAUUUGUAUUUUGAAAUGAGUGAGUGAGUUCAAGGAGGAAAGUUGCUGUGAUCAUAGUUGUUUGGUUUUAGGGUUUGUUCGAGUGAGGAAUUUGAGAUGAAAAGGCAAGUAGGGUUUUCGAGGGAGCUUGAUCGAGUGAGUGGUGUUUCAGUGAUGUUUCCUUUUUGGGUUUGUUCAUUUUGUUUAUCAAUCUGUUUGUGGUGGAAUUAUAAGAUCAUUGGGGGGUUAUUUCGAGAAUCAAUUUAGUCAGAUUAGGAUAACGCCAUUGGUUGAUUAAUCAUCCUUGUCAGAUUCGUUUUGAUGCGCAUUUGACUUGAGCUAGUUUGAGCUUGAAUGUCCCAGAGUUAGGAUUGGAUCUUAUCACAACUUCAGGUCAGUAAUGGUUUUAACUUUUGGGAUUUGAAUGUCUGAUACUGUGAUGUGAUUGGUCGAGUGAGGUUGUUUGUAUCUAGAGACGUUUCUUUGUUCGGUCUUUUGAAUGAUUUAACUAUGAUUUGGCAAAAUUGGUUUGAUCUGAUUAGGUACUUACUGUCUGUACUCUUUUAAAACUAUUUUGCAGCCGGCGUUGCGGUCCAAUUUUCCUGCGUAGAACGAACAGAGAUUACCAAUAAUGGAUCAGGAGUCGAGGAAUAUAGUCGUCAAAGUGAGGAACCAGGCCGGGAGCUCUAUGCGGUUCAGAAUAAAUCCAGCUACUCAGUUGCGUGGGCUGAUGCUUUCGUACUGUGAUUGGAACGAGCUGGUUGUAGAUGAUAUCCGUUUCUCGUGCAAUGGCCGCAAUUUGCAUCGUGAUGACACUCCUAAGCAGGUAAGGAUGAAGGAAGGAGAUGUUAUAUAUGCAGUCCAAGUAAUGGAUCAGGAGGGGCCGAAGAAGAUACUCGUCUUUCUGAAGGCCAUGGACGGAAGGCCUCCCACCCCGUUCAGAAUUAAUCAAGCUACCCCGUUGAUGAAGCUGAUGCAAGCCUACUGUGAUCAGAAGGGGUUGGAAGUCGACAAUGUUCCUUUCCUUUAUGCAGGUCGCCGUUUGGACCGUGAUGCUACCCCUCAGCAGGUGAAUAUGGAGGAUGACGAUGUGAUAGAUGUACUCCCGGUCUUGAGAGGAUCUUAGCUGGCUGUUACUAAGUAGUUCCGAGGCCUAGCUAGCUGCUGGUAAAUAUGGGUAAAUUAGAGAUUGCAGUGCAAGGCAACGUACCGGCUGGUUUUGCAUGCGCUGAGAUUUACAAGUUCAGCGUACCAAACUGAAGGCUAAUCUACUAUCCUAGUCUUAGUGUGGGUUGUUUAUUGUUCGAGCUGUUUAUCUUGUGUUAUAUCCGUGUGUAGUGUGUUUAUCUUGUGUUUAUAUGAUAUCCCUGGCACCAUGCAUUAUGGACUGUCUAUUCUACGUCUCUGAUCGCUUCCACUUGCUCUGUGUGCAUUUGCUGAUUCUGAUUGGGCGGGUAAUCCGGAUGAUCGUGUCUCCAUUUCCGCCUGUCUUAUUGAUCUCGGAUCAAAUCUCAUCUCUUGGCGGUCACAGAAACAGCGUAUUGUUGCUCGUUCUAGUAUCGUGUUAUUACUCAUGCCACUGCAGAAUUAGAGUGGGUGCAAGAAGUUUAUUUGGAGAGCUUCACCAUUAUUUAUGCCACAACAUCACUCGUCCUCUGUUCGAAUAAUGUUAAGAAUAUUUG